AUGAGGUCCUCGGUCCAAUUUCUCCUCUUCUUCCUGCUCAGCCUGGUAUCCGGCUUGGCCUUGCAUCGACGACAGGCCCCGCCACAGUUUUCGAUGGUUGAUUUCACAGGGAAAGCGGCCUGCCACUCAAUCUUGACGGCAUGUCGGGUGGACGGGGACUGCUGCUCGGAGCUGAAGUGUGAUGUGUUUGAUGGCGAGGGGUUGUGUGUGCCUGCAGGAUGA